CCAUUUCCUGUCGCUCUCAGUUUUCUUUCUUAGGAUUAAAAGAGUAAGGGUAGGAAAUUAAAGAGGAAUCAAAACUCAAUGGGAAGCGAAAGCAAGGAGAAGAAGAGAAGGAGCUCACCUUCUAUUUCAUCAGAUGGAGGAAAAGGGAAAAGGCGGAGGAGUGUGGAAGAUAAGAAAGAGAAGCGGAAGGACAAGAAAUCUCAUAGGCACUCCAAGCACCAUUCUGACAAAGAAAAGAAGUCUGAGGGGAAGCACAAAGAUAAACGCCACAAACGCGACCGUCACUUGAUACUUGAGUUCCAAGAACUGUCCAAUGAUGACUACUUCUCCAAGAACAAUGAGUUUGCAGCCUGGCUGAAGGAGAAGAGGAAAAUAUAUUUUGCAGAUCUUUCAACCGAGUCGGCACGCGAACUUUUUACAGAAUUCGUCAAGGACUGGAACAAGCAGAAGCUUGAAUCCAAGUACUAUGAAGGCAUUGUGACCGGGCCUCGGACGUCCCAUAAAUGGAACAUCAAGCAGUAUGGACUUUGUAUUGACAAAAAAGCUAAAAAGCAAGGCCAUUUGAUUCACACCCAUCUCAUAACAAAUGGGUUUGGCUCAGAUUUGCACUUAAACACCAAACUCAUAAUCUUUUAUGUGAAAGUGGGUGAUGUAAUUGCUGCUCGCAAUGUGUUUGAUGGAAUGCCUGAGAGGAGUGUUGUUUCUUGGACUGCUAUGGUAUCUGGGUAUUCCCAAAAUGGGCGUUUUGAAAAGGCUUUUGUGCUGUUUUCAGAUAUGCGGCAUUGUGGUGUUAAGGCGAACCAGUUUACAUAUGGGAGUGCUUUGAGGGCUUGCACUAGUUUGAGGUGUUUGGACAUGGGGAUACAGGUACAAGGGUGUAUUCAGAAGGGAAGGUUUGUUGAGAAUCUGUUUGUGAAGAGUGCAUUGGUUGAUUUUCAUUCCAAGUGUGGGAAGAUGGAGGAUGCAUCUUAUUUGUUUGGGACGAUGAUGGAAAGAGAUGUGGUUUCAUGGAAUGCAAUGAUUGGUGGGUAUGCUGUCCAGGGAUUUGCUGAUGAUUCAUUCUGUAUGUUCCGCUCGAUGCUUAGAGGAGGUCUGGUGCCUGAUUGCUACACCCUGGGUAGUGUUCUGAGAGCCUCAGCUGAAGGUGGUGGUCUCAUUAUAGCCAAUCAAAUACAUGGAAUCAUCACCCAAUUGGGGUAUGGAUCAUAUGAUAUUGUAACUGGAUUGUUGAUCAAUGCAUAUGCAAAAAAUGGAAGUUUGAGAAGUGCCAAAGAUUUACGCAAGGGUAUGCUUAAAAAGGAUCUAUUUUCUUCCACUGCAUUGAUCACUGGAUAUGCACAUGAGGGCAUCUAUAGUGUAGAUGCCUUGGACCUCUUCAAAGAAAUGAAUCAGAUGAACAUAGGAAUGGAUGAUGUUAUAUUAUGCUCCAUGCUUAAUAUAUGUGCCAAUUUAGCAUCAUUCGCUUUGGGUACACAGAUACACGCCUUUGCAUUAAAAUAUCAACCUAGUUAUGAUGUAGCCAUGGGCAAUGCUCUCAUUGAUAUGUAUGCUAAAUCUGGAGAGAUCGAAGAUGCUAAACGAGCUUUUGAUGAGAUGGAAGAGAAAAAUGUGAUUUCUUGGACAUCAUUAAUUUCUGGAUAUGCAAAACAUGGGUAUGGGCACAUGGCUGUUUCACUAUAUAAGAAAAUGGAAAGCAAAGGGUUUAAACCAAAUGAUGUUACAUUUUUGUCCCUUCUUUUUGCUUGCAGCCAUACUGGAUUAACUGCUGAAGGAUGUGAAUGCUUCAAUAAUAUGGUUAACAAAUACAAUAUCAAGCCCAGAGCUGAGCAUUAUUCUUGCAUGGUAGAUCUCUUUGCACGUCAAGGGCUGUUAGAAGAAGCCUAUAAUUUGUUAUGCAAGAUAGAUAUUAAGCAUAAUGCCUCUCUUUGGGGUGCAAUUCUAGGGGCAUCUAGCAUCUAUGGCUAUAUGUCUCUUGGCAAAGAAGCAGCCAGUAAUCUUUUUAAUAUGCAACCCGAGAAUUCUGUCAACUAUGUUGUUCUAGCAAGUAUAUAUUCUGCUGCUGGCCUAUGCUUCCCAGACACCUUUGUGCUGGAACCAUCUUUCCUGCCCCCUUCUGCUGUCUGGAAAUCGUCUGAUCACCGAUCGGUGCAGCUAAAUGGUAAUCUCACAGUGUCUGUAGAUGAAGUUGGAUCUGCCUUGGGCAUGAGGCAGUUACUCACAUAUGACAUGAAAACCAAAACCCACUUCCUAUUCUCGGUUUCAAGAAGUGUUUUCAACACAAUUCCCAAAACCCCAGUUGGAAAAACUAGGCAAUGGGCACCGGUUAGUACAAUUACCACCGCUUCUGCUUUGAUCAAUGAAACACCAGUUGAAAAUUUUGCGGAACAAGUUAAGGAUGAUGACCUCAAAACCUCUAAUGCUGGUUCGAGGAGAUGGGGCUGUUUGGAUGGUGAUAUAGCUAAGGUAUUCUUGCAACAACAACACACAGACUAUGGCAUUCGAUGCCUUAAUGCGGUGAAUUUUCCUCUGAAGGGUUUCUCAGAGAUCACCAGCCAGAUGGCUGGAAAAGCAUUGCAUGCAUUUUGCAUAGUGGGUUCAGUCAAUCUCGGCAUUUUUCAAACUAAUACAUUGAUUAAUAUGUACUCAAAGUUCGGUAAUAUUGAGCAUGCUCGUUAUGUGUUUGAUGAAAUGCGUCAUAGAAAUGAGGCUUCUUGGAGCACUAUGUUAUCGGGUUAUGUCCGUGUGGGUUUGUAUGAAGAGGCAGUUGGGUUGUUUUGUCAAAUGUGGGGCCUGGGAGUUGAGCCAAAUGGUUUUAUGGUUGCUAGUUUGAUUACUGCAUGCAGUAGGUCGGGGUAUAUGGCUGAUGAAGGAUUUCAAGUCCAUGGUUUUGUUGUUAAGACUGGUAUUUUAGGUGAUGUGUAUGUGGGAACUGCACUUGUGCAUUUUUAUGGCUCAAUUGGGCUUGUUUAUAAUGCCCAGAAGCUCUUUGAGGAGAUGCCUGAUCAUAAUGUAGUUUCUUGGACCUCAUUAAUGGUUGGGUAUUCAGACAGUGGAAAUCCAGGGGAAGUUUUAAAUGUAUAUCAAAGAAUGAGGCAGGAAGGGGUUAGUGGCAAUCAAAACACAUUUGCAACGGUGACUAGUUCUUGUGGUUUGCUCGAGGAUCAAGUUUUGGGUUAUCAAGUUCUUGGACACAUUAUACAGUAUGGAUUCGAGGAUAGCGUUUCUGUGGCAAACUCUCUCAUAUCGAUGUUCUCUAGUUUUAGUAGUGUGGAAGAAGCCUGCUAUGUCUUUGAUCACAUGAAUGAAUGUGACAUUAUAUCAUGGAAUGCAAUGAUUUCUGCAUAUGCACAUCAUGGACUUUGUAGGGAAUCACUUAGAUGUUUUCAUUGGAUGCGACAUCUACAUAAUGAAACAAAUUCCACUACUCUCUCAAGUUUGUUGUCGGUCUGUAGUUCUGUGGAUAAUCUGAAGUGGGGGAGAGGAAUUCAUGGUUUGGUAGUUAAAUUGGGACUGGACUCAAAUGUUUGUAUAUGCAAUACUCUUCUUACAUUGUAUUCUGAGGCUGGAAGAUCAGAAGAUGCAGAGUUGGUGUUUCAAGCAAUGACGGAAAGGGAUUUAAUCUCAUGGAAUUCCAUGAUGGCUUGCUAUGUUCAGGAUGGAAAGUGCCUAGAUGGACUAAAAAUUUUGGCUGAACUUCUUCAGAUGGGAAAAGUGAUGAACCAUGUGACAUUCGCAAGUGCAUUGGCUGCAUGUUCAAACCCUGAAUGUCUCAUUGAAAGCAAGAUUGUCCAUGCUCUCAUAAUUGUUGCAGGCUUCCAUGAUUUUUUGAUUGUUGGUAAUGCAUUAGUUACCAUGUAUGGUAAACUUGGUAUGAUGAUGGAAGCAAAAAAGGUAUUGCAGACAAUGCCCCAGCCUGACAGGGUUACUUGGAAUGCUCUCAUUGGUGGUCAUGCUGAGAAUGAAGAACCAAAUGAGGCUGUAAAAGCUUAUAAAUUGAUAAGAGAAAAAGGCAUUCCUGCAAAUUACAUUACCAUGGUAAGUGUUCUUGGUGCUUGCUCGGCUCCUGAUGAUCUCCUCAAACAUGGGAUGCCCAUCCAUGCACAUAUAGUUCUGACUGGAUUUGAAUCAGAUGAUUAUGUGAAGAAUUCUCUCAUCACAAUGUAUGCUAAGUGUGGUGAUCUCAAUUCAAGUAAUUACAUCUUUGAUGGAUUAGGUAAUAAGAGCCCUAUCACAUGGAAUGCCAUGGUUGCUGCAAAUGCUCAUCAUGGCUGUGGGGAGGAAGCUCUAAAAAUUUUUGGGGAGAUGCGAAAUGUGGGAGUAAAUUUAGAUCAAUUCAGCUUCUCUGGAGGCCUUGCUGCGACUGCCAACCUGGCUGUAUUGGAGGAAGGUCAACAGCUUCAUGGAUUGGUUAUUAAACUUGGGUUUGAAUCAGAUCUCCAUGUUACCAAUGCGGCAAUGGAUAUGUAUGGUAAGUGUGGGGAAAUGCAUGAUGUGCUGAAAAUGCUUCCCCAACCAAUCAACAGGUCACGAUUAUCAUGGAACAUACUGAUAUCAGCUUUUGCCAGACAUGGGUGUUUUCAGAAAGCUAGAGAGACUUUUCAUGAAAUGCUUAAACUGGGUCCAAAACCUGACCAUGUCACAUUUGUCUCUCUUCUAUCUGCUUGCAAUCAUGGGGGUCUAGUGGAUGAGGGUCUUGCAUAUUAUGAUUCAAUGACUAGGGAGUUUGGGGUCUUUCCAGGAAUAGAGCAUUGUGUAUGCAUAAUUGAUCUUCUUGGACGAUCAGGAAGACUUUCUCAUGCCGAAGGCUUUAUCAAAGAAAUGCCAGUCCCACCAAAUGACCUUGCAUGGCGGAGCUUGUUGGCUGCAUGUAGAAUCCAUGGCAAUUUGGAGCUUGCAAGGAAAACUGCAGAACAUCUUUUGGAAUUGGACCCAUCAGAUGACUCAGCUUAUGUCCUGUAUUCAAAUGUCUGUGCUACUAGUGGGAAAUGGGAGGAUGUGGAGAAUCUCAGGAAAGAAAUGGGAUCAAAUAACAUAAAGAAGCAGCCUGCAUGCAGUUGGGUCAAAUUGAAAGACAAAGUUCAUUCAUUUGGGAUGGGAGAAAAGUAUCACCCACAGGCCAGCCGGAUAAGUGCAAAGCUGGGAGAGCUUAUGAAGAUGACCAAAGAAGCAGGUUAUGUCCCUGAUACUAGCUUUGCAUUACAUGAUAUGGAUGAGGAACAAAAGGAGUACAACCUUUGGAACCACAGUGAAAGACUUGCCCUUGCAUUUGGGUUGAUCAAUACGCCAGAAAGUUCAACUCUCAGAAUUUUUAAGAAUCUCCGGGUAUGCGGUGAUUGUCAUUCCGUUUACAAGUUUGUUAGUGGAAUUGUUGGGCGGAAAAUUGUGUUGAGGGAUCCUUAUCGAUUCCAUCAUUUUAGUGGUGGCAAGUGUUCUUGUGGUGACUAUUGGUAAUUAAGCUACUGAUUUGCUUAAAAAUGAGGCUCUGUUAAAAAUUUUCAGUAGUGGCUUCCAAGAUCAAGAUUGGGACCUCAUUGUCAAUUACUGAUAACAAGUUAGAGGACCUUGAGCUGUAAAAAACCAACAAAUCAAGUUUUGAUGGUUAUACUGAAGCCGGUGAUGAUUGUUUUUCAGCUUUUUCUAAGGUAAGAGCAUCCCAAUAAGUGGGAUCCUGCACAGAGACACAUCCUAUGUGCUUUAUCUUCAAAACAUGAAUGCAAACCAGAAUUUUAGUUUACAUUUUAAACUGAAUUUGUCUUUGUCCAUUAUGAAGUAAAUCUUCUCUAACAGAAUGACGAAGGUACCAAUCUUGCUGCAGACUGAAAAUUAUUAGGAGUAGAGAACAGAUGCUCUUAGCCAUACUGGAUUAAGUGAUGAAUUAUGUGAAUCAUUCAAUUACAAUAACAUGCUCAAAGCUGAGCAUUACUCUUGUAUGAUGCUUGGAAGGCAAGAAAAUUGAUGGAAGAGACAAGUUCAAAGAGGAAUCCUGGCUUUAGCUUUUACCAAUCAACAAAGAUGAGGAUACCUCUACUGCAGGUGAGUUGAAUUGGAAUCCCCCAUCUGUUGGAUGCAGAUUUGAAGUUUUUCAUUGAAUGUGGGUGAAGAGUUUUCAUUGAAGUAUUCUGGACUUUGGCACAAUCUUCAUCAAACAGAACUGAAGAAAAAGAGUGUCAUAGAAAGAAACUCUUUGGCCUUCCAUUCUCAGAGUGAUCUACGUAAAAAUUGUUAAAGAUGGAACAUUCUUGUUUCUUCUGGAGUACAAGUGGAAGGAGGUUUAUGGCAUCUUAUGGACAACCAUAGAUCAUGCAGUUAAUAUCAAACCAAGAAUUCGUGUUUGUCAAGGAAGCAUUUCUCUUACAGGUCAUAAAUUCAUGUUGCUUUCUUGUUUGUUCUUCCAAUCCUUUCUUUUGAUGCUUGGUCAGGACCAUAUUUCUCCAUAAUCUUACACUUCUUUCGAUUUGAUGGGGCAAAGUAUAUUUUGUGCAAUCUCUCUCUUUUGUUCAUAAGACCACAUUUUUAAUUCUACACUUAUCCUGCUGUUUAUUUUUAUGCAGGUUCCAUUUAACACAGCCAGGUACUGUCAUUCUCUUUCUGAGCAUGAUUCCCACAGUGCUGUUAAAGAGUAACUUUCCAAACUCUCCCUCUUGAUAAUCCAAUUUCUGUUGCUGUUUCCAUGUGCAGUGAAAUGACAACAGUUUAUAUUUUCAUAUUCAUGUGGGAUGGUGGCAUGUCUUUACCAUGAGCAGAACUUGCACAGAAUCAGUUGUUAUACUAGGAAGAAAUGUAAUAAGGACCUCAGGGACCAAGCUCCCACUUUUCAGAGGUCAUUCUUGUGCUUAAAAUCGAGCACUCUCUCAGGUUAAGAAACCUACUAAAAGAUCUGGGCAGCUGCUGUUAUUUCAUCCAUCUAUACCCAAAUUACUCAUACUCCCUGGAUUUCUUGCUGCUUCAAUCUGCAAACUUCUGAGCUUGUUGCAUAUUGCCCUUUUCUUUGUUUUCCCAAUUCCACCCACACAUUCUUCUGGUGCCUGGAGACAUAUGCGCUUCUUCAGGUCGCCUUUCUGCUGGUGCUAUAUCUCCUGCUCCAUUCAGUUGUCUGGAAUUCAGGUGGAUGUUUGAGAAACAAAUCAGCACAUAUUCAUUGUCUGAUCUCUGAUACUUGCUGCUAAAUGGUACUCCCUAUGAUCUGUUCGAUACAAUUAUAGUUGUACUGUUUUCCAAUGACUAGUAAUCCCAUGUGAUUUUCUUAACAAGUAUGUUGGAAAGUGUUUGUUAGGUUAUGUUUGUAUUUUGGAGAUUUAAAAGGGAAAAAAAAAUAGAGAGGAAAAAUAAAAAAAGUGAGGAAAAAAAUAUAAAAUUUUUCU